AUGCUGCCACCCGUUGACCCUGAAGUUGCAUCCGCAAACCCCAAGUUCGAUGCUCUCUACCGCGACCUUUGCUCCAAUAAAUUGAAUGGAGAUGGAACCACCAAAGUCGACGCGAAUACGCAGCAGGAGCGAGAUGCCUUUGCAGAAGAGCUUCAUUCCGCGCGGAUCGCCGCCGCGAAAUCGAAUUUGAUCAAGACGCAUCUCCGAGGAUUGGUAUUUCGGGAUGAUGAGCUUUUGCCUGCAGAUCUGCGAGAGUUGGUGGCAAUCAUCACAGCGUCCCUGGGCGCUCAGCUCUCUGCUGAAGACACAAAUCUCCUUCGGCCGGAUAUCGAGCUGUUCAAGGAAAACAUCCACACCAUCACAAAAGCAUUACGCAGAUCUCUAUCUCAAGACUUGACUAGCCUUUUACAAAUCAUCGCUCCGGAAUCAUCAUCAACAUCACAUUCCCUCGAUCAGGAUCUUCUUCCUCUCAUUCGCAAAACACAAUCUUCAAUCUCAAAGUCAAAAUCAAAUCUUGCCAGUACCCGAGUGGAAGUAGCGCAGGAAGCAGCUCAUCUCCUCACUCUGUACCGCUCGGCAAUGGAAUUGAGUAUCCGGAUUCUGGAACAGACUAUUCACGGAAAGGUCUCUCGCGCUACAAAAGGAAAAGCGGAAUACCWAUCCACUGUUGCUGAAGGAAUGUCUCGAAAGUUACAAUUGCAGCGGAAUCAACUGAUGUCGCAGACCAAUUCGCCGGAAUGGGAGGAGGGUUUGCGAAGGAAGGCGGAGGAAGCUGAGCAGGAGUUGGUCAUGUUGAAGAGGAAAGUGAGGGCUAUCAAGGAGAAACUGGAGGAGUUGAGAGGCGAGGGAGGUGUGGAAGGGAUGGCGAGGGAGUAUGCGAGGAUCUUGGGCGAGUCGGAGAAAGUCCGAGGGGACAUUGAACGACUGGAGGAGAGGAAUUGA